CACCUCAGCGUUAGCUAACAGCUCCGCUAAAUCGCCUCAGUCACAUCAUAAGGAUUCGGCUCCUGGCAAUAUUUGUACGGAUGCCUGCGGCGGAAACCCAAUGAUCGUAUAGGGGGAAGACUGUUGCGGAUAGAGAAGAUCCAGAGGCCCGCUUGCGAAGUAGUCUCCCAAGGACAUUAUAGAGAUUGUCUGAAACUAUAUAAAGUCUCUUCUUCACAGAUUUCAGAACUGUCUCUACCCUCUUCACAUCGACACUUCAUCGCCCCGUCAUCUUUUGUCUCUCCUUCUCACUCUCGCGACUUAGUCUCACUACACCACUGCCUUCAAGAUGGUCAACUUCAUCCUCACCGCUGGUCUCUUGGCCCUCAUUCCCCUCGUCGCUGCCGCGCCGGCUGCCGUCGCGGAUAACGUUGAAGUUAGAGAGGUGGGGGUUGUUCCCUUUUCCUUCGAGAAGUGGGCAGACGACAUCAUCACCAACCCCAACGGCCAGCAUCCUUCGCCCGAGGAGGCUAUUGCCCUCGCCUUCAACCAGACCUCAACCGAUGGACUCGAGAAGCGUCAGGCCGAUGUCAGCUGCACCUUCAACGACCCUGCGCAUGCCGCCUCGGUCGCCGACGCCGUCUGGUGCAUCGACUUCAUCGCCCAGCGCGCCAACGUGGAGUGCAAGGCCGUCGUCAGCGCCACAGCCUUCUGCCGUCGCGGCCAGGCCCAGAUCACCGGCGUGGCAACCGGCGGUAACCCUCCAAGGGAUACUUCCAGCCCCUGCGGCAACGUUGCCCGCUCGGCCGGUGCCAUUAUGGAUGCCUGCACCCGUGACGGCCUCGUCUUUGGGCAGAACAAUGCCUGGGGCAACGGCAACAUGCGGGUGCAUAUCCGCUCCCCCUACUGAUCGGGUGGUUUGGCCGACGUCAGAGGUGGCAUGGGGCGUCCAGGUGUGCAUGUUGAUAAUUGGACAUAAGGAUUGGGAUUUUGGUUCUAUCGAGUGUCGAGUGUCAAAUGAUGGCAAUGUGAAGAAAUCCGACUUUUGGAAUAUACAAGAAUUCCUUUUUAGUAAUCGAAAUAUAACUCAGAUUGCCCAACUUAUAGCAACUUAGAU